CUGGCAGAUGUUCCAGAUACUUAACUUUUUAAACUCGACAAUAUCAAUCCAAGAUGAAGAUUGAACAAGAAAGAGAAUAUUCAUAAUAAUUCUACCAAAUUUGACCUCUUAUAUCAGAAUCAAACUCCGGUUUCGUCGCGGGCGCAGCGUGUCUUAUGUCUCAUUGAAGUCCCGCUCUAAUGGAGCUCACCUGAUCUAGUCCUAAGCCUAUUGUCCAAAUCAAGAACAUGCUAUGGCAUUAUCAUGUCCGCCGAAAGCCCGCUCACAUCCGUCGCGACCCCGGAGCCAUUGACGGAGUCAAGAAACCGGGAACUGCCAGCUACGCAUACGGGACUUGGUGUAGCAGAGCAGGCUUGUAAGGAAUGUCACAGGAGGAAAGCAAGAUGCGAUCGAGCCUUACCCACGUGUAAUCUAUGCACAAGAUAUCGUCGCCAUUGUCUCUAUCAAAAGCAUUCUCGGACGCCACUCACUAGAAAAUACCUGACCGAGGUGGAAGAGAGGCUAGAAAGAUCCGAGGCCCUAGUGAGACAACUACGAGCUCUUCUACCUCUGUCGCGAAAUGAAGAUGGUACGAGAAGGACAACUGGACAAUUCAGUGGUGACAACUUUGAUUUUGCGCAGGUGGACCACCAAACAUCACCCACAGCGCUCCCCGAUCCCGAUUACCAGAGUUUAGCCCAACCCCCGCAAUCUACGAGCACUGAAACUUUCAGGUCCGAUAUUUCUCGCGGACCAAGUGGUGUGGUAGUCGGAAGCUGGAAGGUCUCUUCAAUAAACCAGAACAGCACAAGAAAUGGGGAUGAUAGAUCGCCCAAGCCACCUCCUUCUAGGACGCACCAAAGCUCAUCAGUGAGCCAAACCACAGUAUUGGAGAGCCCCCCAGCCAUGCAUGGUUUUGAUUGGGAUGAGCAAGAUCCUUUCGUGGACUCACCAACUUCCCGAGAUACUACCGGCCCAUCAGCAGGCGAAGGUCCCGGGAUAUCAGAUGGCAUGGCCUCACUUUCCGUAGAUGAAAGGGAGGGUGGGUACUUGGGUGUUGCAUCCGGAGCCGCUCUCCUACGCAUACUUGAACCCGCAAGAAGGAGAAGCAGCUCUCAGGCGACCGUCCAGAGACCAACAAUGAGGUUUCCCCGCCUGGAACAACCGAACCCAAAUAAACACAUCACCGAUGCGAUGAUCGAUGCCUAUUUUAGAGUAUACCACGUUAGCUAUCCGAUAAUUCAUGAACCAACCUUUCGAGCCCAGUACUCAGAAGUCAUACCCAGACCCGAUGGAAAUUCAUGGCUGGUUCUUGCUUACGUUGUCGCAGCCAUAGGGGUGUUCAGCGCGGAUACGCAAAUAUCCAAUCUCGAUUUGCCUCUAUUCGCUCAAGCUAGGUCAAUGAUGUCGUUCGAUCUGUUAGAGGUCGGAAAUAUGACUCUUGUCCAAGCUUUCACCUUGAUAUCUAACUACCAACAAAAACGAAACAAGCCGAAUUCCGGCUAUAACCACUCAGGGCUAGCUAUGAGGAUGGCCAUGGGACUAGGCCUGCAUAAGGAAUUCCAAGGAUGGAGCAUCUCCCCAUUAAAUAUGGAGAUGCGAAGAAGGGUCUGGUGGACACUCUGUGUCUUCGAAGUGGGCGCUACGAUCACCUUCAGUAGGCCAUCAUCGUGGCCUUUUGAAGGAGUCGACGUAUCACUCCCCAUAAAUGUGAAUGACCGAGAGCUUACCACAAGGUCGCCAAAUUACCCACCUGAAAGCUCCGAAAUCACACCAUACACGGCCGUUCGAACGCAAGCUAGCUUCCACAUCGCUACCAUAUCUAUAUAUAAUCGCGUCAUCUCCAAACCAUUUCCAACGGCAGAAGAGCUCCUUCGUCUAGAUGCUGAGUACUUGGCGCCUUGGGUUCGAAGUAUCCCGCCGUAUUUUUCGGAUGCAGCAACAAUCCCCUUAAAGUUCAAGCUGUCUCAUUCGGUCAUGCGAUGGCGGCUUCGCAAUUUCAGAAUCAUCCUCAAGAUGUAUCGACCAUUUGUCAUUCGGCGGGCGCUACAUACUCGAGACGGGCGGCAGGAGGAUUCAUCGGCAGCUAGUAUCGAGGCAUAUGAAAUAUGCUUGGAUGAAGCCAAACAUACCAUUUCCUCCAUCGUGGCAUACUGGGAAGCAAAUGAACAUAGCCGCCUGGCCAGCUGGUACGCCCUCUACUUCCUUUUCCAAGCAGCACUCAUCCCGUGCAUUUGCCUCCGCAACGGACCAUAUAGCACUGAAGCCAGUCAAUGGCGGCAUCAAAUCGCCAUAACGCUGCGUACUAUAGCUAGUCUCGCCUCGGUAAAUCCCAGCGCAGGCCGUUGUCACCAGGUCAUAUCAGAGCUCUGCAGCAGAUAUCUGGAACCAGGGAGUGUCGCCGUCGACCCCGGACCAUCAUCUACGAUACCGAACAACCCACAAUCAACACAUAGCUACCAGAAUAAUCAUUCUGGCCAACCCAAAACCAACGCCGUUUCCGAAGACACAGAUAUGAAUGAGCCAAUCGCAGAUAGUCCUCAAACACAAAUCAAUCACAUCUAUAGUAUGAUGUGGCCCAACGUCACGCCCCUAGAGGCGGCUGAUCUAGUGAUGGGCGAUGAUGCCUGGAUGGAAUUCCUCCGUGAGGACGGUAACGGCGGCGAGGUCGCACGGGAUUGGUUGAGCAGCUGAGUUACGCGGUGAUUACAGAAAUCACAGAGCCCAUGAAGUUACCCUACCGCGUUUAAUUGGUAGUCUCAGCUACAUCGCGAAAGACACGAUUGUACGUUGGCGAGUAGCCAUAUUAAUAACAGAAAAGGGAUCCAAAUUAGCAGAAAGUUGGUUUUUGGAUGGCGAUGGUCUAUAGCCGUCCAACAUAUUGGUACUUCUUCCCUAUGAUUACAGGGAGACUAUACGGCCCGAACCCCGCACCUCGCCGUACAUAGGUACAGGCCUAGAAGGUAUGUGCAGUGAAUUAUAGCGCAUACCUCACUAUAAAAUUA